ACCCGCAGGGGAGGAGGAGGAGGGCGCGAGAGAGGCGUCUCUGUUGCCGCAGGAUCUUCGGGGCCGAGUCCCCCACCUGCCUCUUCCUCUGCAGCUCACGGAGCAGGAAGUUCCCGCGUCGUCGGAGGCGAGCUUAUUAUUGUCACGUGACUCGGCGCGGGCAGCAGCCUCGCCAGCCGCUCGGGUCGAGUUGGGCAAUCCGCGCUGAGCGAAAGAAGAGGAGGAGGAGGAGGGAGAAGCCGGGACCCGCUCGACGCCACCGCCGCCACCGCCAUGAGGAGCGCUCCCCGGCGACGGCGCGGCGUCCAGCUCGGUGCUCUGUGGCUGCGCGCUCGCCCCUGCCCGUGCUGAACACCCAUGCAGCGGCUCCUCCAUUGCGAAAGAAGCAGCGCCUCUCCUGCAGGGACGGCGCUGGCCGCGUCGGCGGGAGCAACAGCAGCAGCGGCGGCCGCCUCAGCCGCGUGAUUCCCACUCCGCCCCUCCGCCGCUCCGCCGCCGCCCUGCGCGCCUGCCUGCCUGCCUCCCGGCGCGAGCUGGAUGGUGCUUCUCCCGGCCCCGCCGGUGCGGCCGGCGGCAGGAGUACUAUGCUGACCCGGGUUAAGUCUGCGGUGGCCAAUUUCAUGGGAGGCAUCAUGGCUGGCAGCUCGGAUCACGGCAGCGGCGCCGGUGGUGGUGGAGGAGGAGGCGGAGGCGGCGGUGGUGGUGGAGGAGGAGGCAUGGACCUGCCGCUGCGCUUCCCUUACGGCAGACCCGAGUUCCUGGCUCUGUCUCCGGACGAGGUCGAAUGCUCCGCCGACCACAUCGCCCGGCCUAUCCUCAUCCUCAACAAGGAGACCAAGCGCCUGCCCUGGACCACGGGAUACGCCGAGGUGAUCAAUGCGGGUAAAAGUACACACAAUGAAGACCAGGCCAGUUGUGAAGUACUUUCAGUCAAGAAGAAAGCAGGAGGAACUAAUUCCACACCAAACAAAAACUCUUCUACUAAACGGAGGUCUUCAUUGCCAAAUGGGGAAGGACUGCAGCUGAAAGAGAAUUCAGAAUCGGACGGCGUAUCUUUCCACUACUGGUCGUUAUUUGAUGGGCACGCUGGAUCUGGGGCGGCUGUUGUAGCAUCAAAGCUGCUUCAGCAUCAUAUUGCAGAGCAGCUGCAGGAGAUUGUGGACAUCCUGAAGAACUCGGCUGUCCCUCCCCCGACCUGCCUGGGGGAGGAGCCAGAAAGCAUGGCUGCUAACACCCGAACUCUAACCAGAGCAGCCUCCUUACGGGGGAGUGUUGGCGCCCCGGGAUCACCCGGCACCCCUCCGACUCGUUUCUUUACAGAGAAGAAGAUAUCUCAUGAGUGCCUCAUUAUGGGGGCUAUUGAGACAGCUUUCAGAGAAAUGGACUUGCAGAUAGAGCGAGAAAGGGCUGUGUACAAUAUUUCUGGCGGCUGUACGGCCCUCAUUGUGGUGUGUUUGCUAGGAAAGCUCUAUGUGGCAAACGCUGGCGAUAGCAGGGCUAUAAUAAUCAGAAAUGGAGAAGUCAUUCCAAUGUCUUCAGAAUUCACUCCAGAAACAGAACGUCAGCGUCUUCAGUAUCUGGCAUAUAUGCAGCCACACUUGCUGGGAAACGAGUUUACACACUUUGAGUUUCCAAGGAGGGUCCAGAGGAAGGAAGUUGGGAAAAGAAUGCUCUACAGAGACUUCAAUAUGACUGGCUGGGCAUACAAAACCAUUGAAGAGGAUGACUUGAAGUUUCCUCUUAUAUACGGAGAAGGCAAGAAGGCUCGUGUCAUGGCAACUAUUGGGGUUACAAGAGGACUUGGAGACCAUGACUUGAAGGUGCAUGACUCAAACAUCUACAUCAAACCUUUUUUGUCCUCGUCGCCAGAGGUGAGGGUAUAUGACCUUCUCCAGUAUGAGCAUGGACCUGAUGAUGUGUUGAUCUUGGCAACAGAUGGACUCUGGGAUGUACUAUUAAAUGAAGAAGUGGCAGAAGCAGUCACUAAUUUCCUGCCAAACUGUGAUCCUGAUGACCCCCACAGGUACACUUUAGCAGCUCAGGAUUUGGUAAUGCGAGCCAGAGGAGUGCUGAAAGACAGAGGCUGGAGGAUAUCCAAUGACAGACUGGGCUCAGGAGAUGACAUUUCUGUCUUUGUCAUUCCUUUGAUACAUGGAAACAGAGUCUUGUAAAACAAACACAAAUGCUGGUAAUAGGAAAGGUUUUGGUUUUUUUACAGUAAGAACCUCUGGAAAAGGCAGGCUAUCAAGAAAAGAGAUCAAGAUUAACUUAAACAUUAUGUUCUAAGCUUGGUUAGACUGGGAUAUUUCUACGUGAAACAUAGAGGCUGUAUUGCAGUGAUUUAAAGGCAUCUCCUAGAAACUGCAGCUUCCCUGUGGGGUUUUGUUUUUUGUUUGCGUGCAUAUCAGGACCAGGAAUUUAAUGCUGCUAGUAUAUUAGUGAUUUAUUUUUAAUGUCCCUCCUGGUGAGGACCCUAGUGUAACCUGAUAGAAUAUUUUUCUUUCCCAGUUUAAUGUAGCCAGAAAUAACACGAGAUGCAAAUUGGGAAAGUUAUUGUUAAAAUUGGAAAUGUAGCCAAUUCCCCCCAUUAUUAAUUGACUAGCUAACUUUGCUUUUGAGCAAAUUUAAGCUAUGUUAGUAAGGUGAACAAAACCUAACAUGACAGUUAAUUAUUUUUUUUGUGCAAAUCUUGUUAUCUUUUUGAAAUUAUCCACUGAAAUGUUGAGUUAUUUAUGUCAAUAAAUCAAGCUUUUCCUUUUGUACACCAUCAUAAACAUUUUGGAACCUCAGUUACCCUUUAAAUGUUUAGAUGGUGAAGCCAACCUUUUCUCUCGACAUGGUCUAAUCUACACCUCCUGUUAGCACACUUGCCUAAGAGAAUAGGGAAAGCUGUUUGGCUGGAAAAUGUGUUCCUUAUUGUCAAGAUUUUUGUAUUUAUAACUAUGAUGUAGCAGACUGGGAGAAUUCUUGAUUUAGAAAGAUUUCCCCAGAAAUCACCAUUUCUUUGGCCCCACACGUUUUCAUUCAUUGAAUGCUUCCGUCUCCUCUAAUUUAUAUCCUGUUGAAAGGAUCGUUAUAUACGUACUGUUUAAUUUAUUGUACUUGGUAAUUUUUUGUCUUCUGAUUUCUCUGUUAACUAAUGUAAGGCUGGUAUGUUUCAGAAGUCUCCCCCAGAACAGUAGCUUUUCAUCUUUUUUUCCUGCCAUGCCCUUUCAGCAUCAAUUUUGUUUAUUGCUUCUUUGAUAUUGCAAGGGCCAGUACAGAUUGCCAGUAGACAUUGCUUGACGUUGUUAAUCCAAAAGGUGGAGGGAGGAGCCAUUGCAGAGUGAUAAGACUCAUCAGCUUGUUUGACAUUCUGUACCUAGGCUUUCAAAUAUUAACAUAGCAUUAGAAUAGAAACUUAAGGAUUUACAUUUAGCUGUACAACCACACAUUUUAUGUAUUGUAGGAUGAGAAUAGGAGUCAUCUCAAUUAUCAUCAUUCGUAUUGUUACAGGGGACUCAAAAUUUAGUUCUCAGGUAUUAUCUCCCUGGCCAAGAACUAAAGAAACAUAUUCUUGUGGUUUUUUUUAAACGGUAGUUUUAAGUAGCUGGGAGCAAAUGAGUUGACAGUGAUAAUGGGCAGUUGAUGAGCAAUCUCAGAAAUGUUAAGUUUUUUUUCUGAAGAGAAGCUACCAACAUAGCAAGAGGAUGGUACCACAUGUUCCCAUAAGUCUUUUCUGUGUUUAUAUUCCCCACCCAAAAAUACGCUUAAUAGAAUUUAGCCUGGAAAUAAUUAUUUGCUUAAGGUACAUUUCUGUUGGAGUAGGCAUUUUAUUAAUGCUACUAUAGUCAACUUUGUAUUCUACCCUUGCACCAGAAGUUAAGUUGUUUCAAUAUGCUGCUGCUGCAGCAAAUAAAUUUCAAUCUACAACUGAAUAGUUCAGAAAAGUAUUAGUUCUGACAUGAAGUAAAUCUGCUUGCAAUAAUGUUUUUCUGAUAUCAUAAAAUCUAAAAUUUCAUGAAAUGUAGAUUUCCAUAAUGCAGAAUUUUUUUCACAAAUCAGCAAUACUUCUCAAAUUUAUUCUCAAUAAAGUACCUCAUUUUUCCAAUCACGCAUGUUCAGCAGGUCACAUUUUGCCUAAAAAACUGAUAGUGUAGCCCUUCCACACAGCCUUCUUGUUUUUUCAGUUCAGGCAAUAUCAUUUUUCUGGAUCAUCAGGUCAUAAUUUGCUUUCAAUCUCAUGAUGAGAUUUCUUAGGCAGCAAACAUUUCAUUUGUAAAAUAUUACUACAGUGGUACCUUGACUUCUGAAGGUUUUGACUUCUGAAGUCGACAACCCCAGAAGUCUUUUCCCUGUGCAUGCGUUCUGCGCCUGCGCAGAAGCAGUGCUUCGACAACCGAAGACUUUGACUUACGAAGACGGCCGCGGAACGGAUCGUCUUCAUAAGUCGAGGUACCACUGUAUUAAUGUAACAACACUUCCUAACACAAUAUACACCCUGGGUAAGAUUUACAGGUGUUACUGUCUUCAUUCUGUUUGUAUACUUUUGCACAAAACUUGAACACAUUUCCCACUUCCAGUGCCAUAUGUGAAAAGAAUGUAUUUAGUGACAAACAAUCCCAUUGGACCAACCAAAAUAAAAUGACUUUUGCCAGUGCAGGAAAACUUUAGAUUUCAUUUAGACUCAUAAGAACACACUACAUAUAAAUUAGUAACCUAGGUUGCAGCUCCAGAAAACAUUUGUACAUCAAACUGGUUCAGAAUGACCAAUAGUUCUAAGUGCAUCCAAUUCUUCCUUGAAUAGUAUCUAGACUGCUACAUUUUAUCAUGUCAUGAAAAAAUGAUAUUUUUGAAAAUUUAAAUGAAACAUUGAUUUUCAGUGUUGCACAUCUACGAUACUUCAUCCAGAUUUGGUGAUACAAUUUCAAAUGCUGCUUAAUUUGAAUAGUAUGCAAUAAAUACAUAUAUAUCAGUAAAAGGUAAAGGGACCCCUGACCAUUAGGUCCAGUCGUGACCGACUCUGGGGUUGCGCGCUCAUCUCGCAUGAUUGGCCGAGGGAGCCGGCGUAUAGCUUCCAGGUCAUGUGGCCAGCAUGACAAAGCCGCUUCUGGCAAACCAGAGCAGCACAUGGAAACGCCGUUUACCUUCCCGCUGUAGCGGUUCCUAUUUAUCUACUUGCAUUUUGACGUGCUUUCGAACUGCUAGGUUGGCAGGAGCUGGGACCAAGCAACGGGAGCUCACCCCGUCACAGGGAUUCGAACCGCCGACCUUCUGAUCAGCAAGCCCUAGGCUCAGUGGUUUAACCACAGCCCUACCUGGGUCCCUAAGCAAAAAACACAAACUCUUGCUAUUGUUCAGACAUACUGUUAGGACUGAAUCAAUAACCCAAAUUGCACCAUUCCUUUCAGAGGCUUGCUGAAGUAAUCCUGUAUUUGCUACCGAGCAAUUCCCAGAGAGACCAAAGCUAAACUCUGGAUUGUUAAAUAAAAUUUGUGUUUAAUUCAAACUAAACAAACUCUUUGAAUUAUUAUAUUAUUAAGCCAACUUAUUCUGAACUUUUACUUGCCUCCAUCUCUAUAUGUUACACUCAGUAAUGGUUUUCACCAACUUAGAGCUGUAUAGAACAUUUAGAUUGUUUUAAUCCUUUCAAAAUAGCAAUGCACUAUCUAGAUGAAUAUAUUUUAUGAGAACCAGUAGACAGGAUACAGACAGAAGUGAGUGGCAACCCCUACUCCACAGAAAGGCCUCCUCCCACUGCUGGAAAACCUCCAGACUGACACCCUAUAAACUUUAAGGCUAAUUUUGGAACUGUUGCUUUGCUCCUGUGGGUAAGCAAAAGUGUUUGCUGCUCAUGCAUUCAGGGAGGGAUGGAACUUGCCCCAUGCGCUUUAUUACUGGGCUGCAGCACAGGACAUUUGCCAAGCCUAGCUGAGAGCUAUGCAAACUGGACAGCAAAAUUACAUUCAUACUUCAAUAACUGAAUUCCAGGUGUGUAGUAAUACUGUUUUUUGUUUUAAAAAGAAAUUGCAAUAUGGAAUUUAGUAUUGUCUAGAAAUAAUUCACUUUGCUGCUGCUGCUGCUGCGUCAACAGUUGUAUAACCCAAGACAAGGUUGAAAAUCAUGCUUAAAAGUAAACAGGUUACAUAUAUCUUAAAGGUGAAAGGUUACUGGAAAUUAAGGUUAUAGCUUGGGAAAGUGGUGGGUUGGAAAAUUGUCACUGAGCCACCAUCUAUUUCAACCGUGUUGGUAACAGUGUUGGAAAUUAUUAGAAUAACUUGCCUAAAGAAAAUGGCAAAAACUCAGUCUUUCAUACCAACUAUCUCACCAAGCCAGAACUGGAAGAGCUUUUAGGCAAAUAAAAAUUGAUCAAGAUAAGAGGAAAUUCACUUGUCUUAUGGAGCCGAUACAGCCACAUGAUCAAUGUUUGCUAUCCAAUUGUAAAUAUUCCAUAACAUUGUCCAAAUUUGCAAAUCAGCACUACAGAAAUUGUUUGAGACACAUUUUAUUAGAUCACUUAGCUUAUCUCUCUUUCCUUCUCCCCUGAUUUUAAAACAUUCUAGAACAACCUCCCGAUUCUGUCUGCCCUGUCCAGUUCAUAUAGUUCAAGGGAAUUCCCCUUUAUAGUAAAUAUCUGAACGCUGUAACUCAAAAUUUCCUUUAUCAAAAUCAUCCUUCCAGUAGUCUUUGAGAUGUAUAACUUCUUCCUAAUCAUAAUUUACCAAUAUUAUUCUAUUUUUAUCAAAUAAUCAAAGAGUUCUUUUUCAGUACUUGCCCUAUAUCCAUAAAAAGUGUUGCAUCACCAAUUUUAAAACUAGCAGUCCAGGAUACUUGUUCUAUAAGAAAGUUCUUCAAAGUACUUCUCUAAGUGACAUAUUGAAAUAAAAUAUUUUGUAGGUUUGUUGCUUGACCUUUACAGGUACUUCUUUCAUACUGCACAAUCCUACUAAAUUUCCUUUAGUUCUCUUGCCCUUUGCUUAAUGCACUCUUGCAGUUUUGUAUCUUAUAUGUUAUGAAUUAUGUGAAAAUUGCACACUUGUAAUUUUUCUUUCCUGUCGUAUGAAGAUGACAUAGACAGUGGCCAAAUACCUCUUCAAUCAUUCUGCCAAAUUCUACCUACAUUAUACUUGAAGGAGGCUUCUCCCUGUCAACCUCCACUUUCCUUUGAUGUUCCAUUGUAUUUCAUUUUAAUUUUGCCAUUUUCUUCCUUUAUUGGCACAGUGACUGUAAGCAAGGAAUGUACUAUAUUCUGGGCUCAGCAUUCCAAACAAUGAAGAGAGUCUUCUGGAUAAAAAUUGUUUGGAUCAAUGUACUUAAGCGUGGUGACUGUGAAAUGUUAAAACUUUUUUGUAACCCGAGAACAACAAUGUUUAGUAAAGGGAUAUAUUUUAUGUGUUUUGAAACUUUUAAGUGCAAUGAAAUAAGGAAGCUGGAAAAAUGUGUGCACAACAAAGUUUUAAAAUGAUAUUGUAAAAAAUAAAUAAAUAUAAAAACUUA